AUGCGCUCCUCUCUGAUGCAGACGCCCCUGCGACAUCGCUUGGCGAGCCGGCUGACGCCACGACGCAAUGCGCAGCAUCAGCUCCGAGCCAACUCAACAUCACAACAACCCAAAGCCCCUGUAAAGGCAGCAGAGUCCAAAGUUGGCUCCAACACCGCAGAUGCGGCCGUCGCGGCCGAGACGGCUGCAAAAAGCGCCGCGCCCACUUCGAUAUGGAUGCGCAUGGGACCUCUCACCAGGGUGGCUACUGCUUUUGGGCGGGCCCAGAAGAAGCGGCCAUACGUUGUGCAAACCGUGAGCGCAAUGGUCAUCUUCAUCGCCGCAGACGUCGGCGCCCAGAAUAUCAACGGAGCUGAAUACGAUCCGGUCCGGACUGCCCGGACGACAUUCAUCGGUGCUCUCUUCGCCAUCCCACAAUAUCGCUGGUUCUAUGUACUGGCUCGCUAUUUCAACUACAAGUCAAAAGUCUUGUCCAUCACCGCCAAAGUGGUGUUCAACCAAGUUACUUUUGCAGUCGCGUUUCCAACAUACUUCUUCGGCAUGCAAGCUCUAUUAUCGGGCGAGAGCAUUGCGGGCACCAUUCAACGCCUUCAAGAUACUGUUCCGCGGAGCUGGCAAAAUUCUUGGAAGGUUUGGCCUGCCGCCAUGGCCUUCAACCUCUCGCUCGUACCUCUGGAAUACCGCGCUCUGUUCAGCGGCCUCAUUGCUAUUGGCUGGCAAACUUAUCUGAGCUGGAUGAACCGCCAGGCCGAGAUGAAAGAGAAAUCAGAACAUGAGAUUCUCCAGGAAAAGCAAAUACAAGCAUUUCCUAUUCAAGCUGCUGUUGCGGCCAAAGAUGGACCUGUUAGGUGCUUAUUAUAG